UACAAAUGGCCGUCAAUUUGCAAGUUCUGGCAAGAUUUUGCGGUUAUUUUGAAUAAUUUUCCUUUUGAACAUUUUAACAGCUAUUUUAAGAAGUAUUCAAAUUAUGGAGGACUAAAAUAUAUAUAUUCUCGUGAUAUGCAGAUAGCAGACGUAAAUGCUGAAUAGGCUAGAGAAUAUUUACAGGUAUUGAAGCAUGGAUGGUGGAACUAACGAAGCGGAUCACUGGCGAGAAGUUGCUGCCCAGAAAGAAAAAGAAUGGAAACAAGUCACUGAGCAAAGAAUAAAUGCCCUGGAACAUGCAUGUCAGGAGAAAGAAAGACAGCUGACAGAACAACGAGAAAAGUUUCAAAAACUGAAGGAAGACUUUAAAUAUAAUUUGAGGCUUCUGGAGCAAAGGGAUCAGGAAUUAGACCGAUAUGAUGCAACAUUCUCUGAUAUAAAAGCUCAAUUGAAUGCCAAGAAUGCGGAGGUUAGUGAGUGUAAGAUACAUGUAGAUGAGUUAAGAACCCAAGUCAACUGUGAGGUCAAGUCACGGGAAGAGUUACAGCUGCACUACCAGGCCAGGCUCCGUGAAAAACAAGCAGAGAUUGAUUCAUACAGAAAUACAAAAGAUGGAGAAAUACAGGAAGAGCGAAAAGAGUUUGAGUCAUUCAAGCGUAAACUUCAGCGUCAACUCACCCAAGUGGAGGAAGAAAUGGAUGCUCAAAAAAGGGAACUAACUACAGGUUUUGAAGAAGCAAUGAGAAAAAGGGAACAUGAGUUCAGAUUACAAGCAGAUGAAAUGAGUGCAAAAGUACUGGAGCAUGAAUUAAAGGCAAAGUUACUGAGCAAGGAACUGGACCUGGUUCGUUCAGCCCAGGAGAAGAACAGUCAAGAGUUUGAACAUGUAGAAAAUAAUCACCGUGCUCUUGAGAAAAAACUGAAAGAGAAAGACUGGGAGUUACAGGAUUUAAGAGCUAUGAAAGAUGCAAAUAUCUCUGACCUGGAAAAUCAACUACAGCAAAAGGAAUCUGCUAUGAAAAGAUUACAGGAAGACUUUGAAAGAAAACAUUCAGAAAUGGAUAAAUUCUGCCGUGAAAAAGAAAACACCCUAUCAACAGCGAAAGAAGCAUUUGCAGAUAGGGAAUCAGAGUUGCAGAAAGAGAUUAGAGACCUCACUUCUAAACUAGAAGAUGCUCAGGUUGAGAUUAGAAAAUUACAGUGGGCGAGUCAAGACUUGGAAAAGGAGAAGAAUACAUACAUUGAAAAACUACAAGUACAGUCACAGGAGCUUAAAGAUAAAUGGGACAAACAAAUAGGGUGCAGGGGUAGAAGAAAUGUCUUGGAAACGGAAGAAGAGAUGGCGCAGCUACAUGAACAAAAUGAGAACUUAAAGAUGGUAAUAAAGGAGAUGAGAAGUCAGAUGGAACAGCUUGGACAUGAGAUACCCGUUAGUAAAGUGGAAUUACAGAAAGAUAGCAAUUGUGCUGAAGAUUAUGUAACUAGCCUUGAGAAAGAAUGUCGAAAUCUUCGUAAAAAGAACCGUGAGUUAGAGCAGGAAGCUGAUGUUUCGCGGAGGUUUGGGCGUGCUGCAGCACCACCUACCCCUGCCAACGAAGACCAAGUUUUGACAGAAGUAAAAGACAACAUUCUUGUAAAGAACCAUAUACAGUCACUGAAUGAAAUUAUUGGUUCAUUACGAGGAGAGAAGGUUGACUUGUCUGCCCAGCUAAAGAAACAACAAGCCCAUCUUUUAUUUCAAGAGAAAACAAUAGAAAACAUAAAGAAACAGAGAAAGGCAAUUAAAAAGUUGAGAAAAGUUAAGUACGAGUUAGGAGCAGCAACGCGCAGAUCUCACACAGAGUUGUCUAGUCUACGCCAGAAAGUCUCAGAACUUGAGCUACAAUUGCUGGAAGCGAGGAAAGAGGCUGAUGAAUAUUAUCGUAGCAAUCUUGAAAGAAAUAUGGAGGUCACAGCACUUGACCAAGAGCUUUCCAAUUUAAAACUUCAGUUGGCAGAGAAGAGACCAGGAAUAAAUUAUGGUGCUCAGGUAAAAUUCUCUUUAAAUUCUCAAAAAUGUUUCAAAGAGAUGCAUGAUAUUCAGAGGAGAUUUAUUUUCAUGGAUUUUGUGGAAUUACAGUAUGCUCAGAAGUACCAGAGCCCAGAAACAGAUGAAUAUAGACCAUCCUCUAUACUCAAGAAACCUUCCACAUUCAGAGACUCUAUGGACACAGAGGUAGAUGUUCGAGCCAGUGUGAAUACAGAGGGAGGAGAGACUGUGGCUUCUAUGCGUAGUGUACCAGACACAGCAAGAUCUCAGUUGAUGAUGAGUAUGUCCUCUAUGGGUGGAGAAUCUCUACAAGAAGUCUGGAGAAUGUUGGAGGAAGCUCGACCAUCCCCCACACCGAGAUUAUCUAGUCCACAUAGACGAUCUACUCAAGAUGAGAAUUAUAACUCUAAUGAAACUGCAAAAGACACAUUGUACCUUUCUGGUAAACCUACAGGACAUCAGAGGCCAAGGUCUGAAAAGAAAUUAUCUGACAAGGCUUCUGGAAAAGUGUUUAAAAAGGUUCAACAACCAUCUGUUAGAAACUAUAAUAUAAGAGAUGAUAGAGCAGCUAGAUAGCACAGGAAGGAAGUGAUAUACGCUGUAACUAUUGUGGUGAUACACAGGAAGUGAUAUAUCCUGUAACUACUGUGAUAUUAAUACACAGGAAGUGAUAUCUGCUUCAACUAUAGUAGCGAUACAUGCUGCAACUAUAGUGGUGAUACAUAGGAAGUGAUAUAUGCUGUAACUACAGUGAUAUUAAUACACAGGAAGGAAGUGAUACAUGCUGUAACUUUAGAAGGAAGUGAUAUAUGCUUUAAAUAUGGUGAUAAUACACAGAAAGGAAGUGAUAUAUGAUGUAACUAUAGCGAUUUGGAAGGAAUUGAGAUAUGCUGUAACAACAGGGAUAAAACACAGAAAGGAAGUGAUAUAUGAUGUUACUAUAGUGAUGAUACAGAGGAGGAAGUGAUAUCUUCAGUAAUUAUAAUCUAACAUGUGCACUUGGCAGGUAUGCACAUAUAUCAGCCAUUGCUCUAGAUCAAACAUCCAAAUUUUUAGAAAGGGCAUUUUCACCAAGUUUUAUAAAGAAACGAAUUGUGUUAUGACCACAAAAUUCUUUUAUCAAAAAAAAGAGAAAGGAAUAACCUAUGCAUUUAUGUGUAGUUCAUGUAUCAAUGCUUUUGUUCAUGAAUGCCUUGAAGAAACAUCUGUAGUGAUUUCACUUGCUUGGAAAAAUAUUUGUUGUAACUAAGAAAGGGAAAAUAAACAUGAAGAAUGGAAGAAUCAACAAUAGUGUACUGUGUAAUACAGAUAUAAUUUUCGUUGCUACACAGUUUUAUGAGCGUGUAUAAGAAGUCAUUUAACUUUGAACUAAACACCUUCUGAAGUGUUAAGCUGGGUCGAAAGAUACUUUAGACUCAGUACUGAUUGACUUAUAAUAGCUGGAGAGAAAUGUGUCAUAUUUAUUUAUCUGUGAUAAUUAGAUAGAAAAAAUAAAAUAUAAUAGAUUUACAAUACCU